UCCUACUGAUAACAAGAAAUAAAACUAUUACCCACUAUCUUAGCCAUUGGUAAAAUGUGUGAAGAAUUUUUUGGUGGCAAAAAGAGAGCUUUUUUGGUUCAUUCUCCUAACUUUCAUAUCCCUUUAAAUACACAUAAACCAAGCUCACAUAUAUUAUAGAAAAAAAUUAGUUGUUGACUUGUUUUUAACUUCUUUUCUCAACAACAACAAAAAAAAAAGAAGUGAUUAGCUAACUAGUUAGAGUGUAUGUAAGCUAGCCAACUUUGUACCUAGUUCAUAGCUAUAAUCUUCCUAUCAAUUUCCUUUAUACUUUUUUUUUUUUUCACUUCCAACUUCUCUUUGUAACCAUGGAGGCUUUGUGUAGUCUAAGUUCUUCCAAUGUAUCAAAAAACAUACUAAAAUUGUCUAGUAAUCGCGGAAGGUGUCCGUUAAAGAAGAUUAACAAUGUGAUAUAUUGCCAAAGUAGUAGUGGAAAUAAUGCAGUGAAAGCUAGUAAGCUUUCUGCUGUUGUAACUGAGAGAACAUCGACGAUAAGCACAGAUAAUAGUAGCAAUGAUCUUCGUUUUAGUCCAAAUGGUAAUGGUAUUGGCAUUAUCAAGUUCCUUAGAGGCAAAACAUUUCUCAUUACUGGUGCAACUGGUUUCUUGGGAAAAGUUCUGAUUGAGAAGAUUUUAAGGACAGUACCUGAUGUGAACAAAAUAUUCGUCUUGAUCAAGGCGGAUAAUAAAGAAGUUGCUAUGCAUAGAUUGAAAAAUGAAGUUCUCAAUGCUGACAUAUUCAAGAACCUGAAACAAGUCCAUGGAAAAUCUUACUAUACUUUCAUGUUGAGUAAGUUGGUGCCUGUGGUUGGAAAUGUUAGUGAAACUAAUCUCGGAUUAGACAAAGAUUUAACCAAUGUGAUUGCUAAAGAGGUCGACGUAAUUGUAAACUCUGCUGCUAAUACUACUUUUGAUGAAAGGUAUGAUGUUGCACUUGAUAUAAACACCGGUGGACCUACCCGGCUAAUGAAUUUUGCAAAGCAAUGCCAUAAGCUUAAGCUUUUCCUCCAAAUAUCCACAGCUUAUGUUAAUGGACAACGACAAGGAAGAAUCAUGGAAAAGCCAUUCUGUUCUGGGGACAGUAUAACGAAAGAGACUCUAUCCGCUGGAGUUCACAAGAAUUCCUUCUCAAGUUUGAACGUUGAGGAUGAGAUAAAGCUGAUUUUGGAAUCUAAACAUGCUAUAGAAGAUAACAUAGUGUCGCAGAAAAUGAAAGAACUUGGUUUGGAGAGAGCGAACAAAUUUGGGUGGCAAGACACUUAUGUAUUCACCAAGGCUAUGGGCGAGAUGAUGAUUGAUAAAAUGAGAAGUGAUGUACCAGUAGUAAUAAUUCGACCAAGUGUUAUAGAGAGCACCUAUAGAGAACCAUUCAGUGGAUGGAUGGAAGGGAACAGGAUGAUGGAUCCGAUUAUUCUCCACUAUGGCAAAGGGCAGCUCACCGGUUUUCUUGUAGAUCCCAAUGGAGUUCUAGAUGUGGUUCCCGCUGACAUGGUUGUCAACGCGACCUUGGCAGCAAUAGCAAAGCACGGGGCAGCAGGAAAGCCAGGGAGUAACGUUUAUCAGGUUGCUUCAUCUGUUGUAAAUCCAUUAGUCUUCAAGGACCUAGCCACGUUGCUUUUCGAUCACUUCAAUUCUUCACCAUAUAUUGACUCCAAGGGAAGGCCGAUUCAUGUGCCAAGAAUGAAGUUGUUCAGCUCUAGGGAAGAACUUUCUUUCCACCUCUGGCGAGAUGCAAUUAACAAAAGCGGCCUAACAGAUACAGCUGAUCCUAACGGGAAGUUAUCAAGGAAACUCGAGAAUAUAUGCAGAAAAUCAGUGGAACAAGCAAAGUACUUGGCACAUAUUUAUGAACCAUACACCUUUUAUGGAGGAAGAUUUGACAACAGCAAUACUCAGAGGAUGAUGGAAUGCAUGUCUAAAGAAGAAAUAAGUCAGUUUGGUUUCGAUGUAGAGAACAUAGAUUGGAAAGAUUACAUCUCCAACGUCCACAUACCGGGGCUAAGGAAGCAUGUUAUGAAAGGAAGAGGGUUAUCCAGUUCAUCUUCAUAGUAUAGUACCAGAAGAUUAGAGUUGUUGGUUUUGUUUCUUCCUUUUUUCUCUUCAUAGCUAUCGGUUUAGAUGAUAGGAAAGUUAUGCCAAUUAUCACUGUUGUAAUAACAUACGUAAUAGCAAAUUUGCAAGCUCAGAAAACUUCA